CUAAAGUUUACAGAAAGUGCUUGGGAAACACUGUCAGUGAAAAGUAGCACUUUAUGGAAAAUGACGAGCCUCUAUCAGAUUGCUGGCGGAAUCCUAACUGCAUUUGGCACCCUAAGCAUUAUUUCAGGGGUUAUAGCCUUUUUUCCUGUCUUCAGCUACAAUCCUUUAUUUAUUGGUUGGAGUACACGGAUUGCCUGUCCUAUCUGGAACGGAGCACUGGCCCUGUCAAUUGGCAUUCUUGCACUUCUAUCUUAUCGUAAAUGGACACAAAGAUCACUGUGGGAAUCCGCAUUUACCCUGAGUCUAUUAAGUAUCAUCGGAUCCCCUGUUCAAUUUACAGUAGCCAUUGCAUCCAUACUUAUUGGUCCAUAUUGUUACUACACUUUUGCUGGAAUAUCUUCGACCAACUACAUUGGCUAUGCAAUCAAGUUUCCUUUCCCUUAUGCCAAUUUUCAGAAUGUAUGCCAAGAACCCUUACACUAUGAAUGGUAUCAUCUGGCUUUACAAAUCUUUGACCUGACCUCAAGUGUUUUCAUUAUGUGCUCAUCAUUAUCUUUGCUGAUCAAGCUAUCGGCCAGGUUGCUACGAACAGGGACAUUAAACGGAAGAAAAAUUAUCUGGUGACAUGUUCAUACCAUGAGGGGUUGUCAUCAUGGAAAGCUGCAAAGAAAAAUGCACUGAUGCUUGUGUCACAUUUCAUUUACUUACAUGAAAUAGCAAAUGUCUCGCCUGCUUAAUGAUGUAUCGUAAACUGCACGUGUUUUAGGACAGGUUUUCACUAACAUAACUUAAAAGGAUUUUCCAAGACUUGAGAACUGAUAACCUAUCCUCAGGAUAGGUCAUCAGUAUCUGGUCAGUGGGGGUCCGACACCCAGGAACCCCGCCGAUUAGCUGUUUGAGCACCGGUGCCUUCUUUCAGCUCACCAAGCAUAGCGCUGUACAUUGUAUAACGACUGUGCUUGUUAACGCGCUCAGCCCCAGUCACUUCUAUGGGUCUGAGCUGCGCCCAGGUUAUGUGACCCAUGAAUGUGUCAUCACUGGCCUAGGAAAAGCUGAGAGAAGGCCGGCUCUAAUGCGAGCACUGAUGCCUUCUUAAACAGCUG